GUGAUGUUGGGCUGUUGCGAAAGUAACGAUUAACGACGCUGGCAAAAUAAGUUUUGUUUGAUUUUUACGGCAGUGAAUUCGUACGGAUGUGUUUUUAUACAUCGCUUCACUAGAUAUCGUUAUUCUUCUAAAAAUGUCUUGGAGAAAUACAACAACCGUCACUAUGUCUGAACGCAAAGCCGUAGUCAAGAAUGCCGACAUGGCCGAAGAUCAUCAGCAAGACGCCAUUGAGUGCGCAACCCAAGCCAUGGAGAAGUUCAACGUAGAGAAAGACAUUGCCGCCUACAUCAAGAAGGAGUUCGACCGGAAGUACAACCCCACCUGGCAUUGCAUCGUGGGAAGGAACUUUGGCAGCUACGUCACUCACGAGACCAAGCACUUCAUCUACUUCUAUCUCGGCCAGGUUGCUGUGUUGCUGUUCAAGUCUGGAUAGAUGCAGCUCAAACCAACUCGGCUAAUCUUGUGACUGUGUAAAUAGCUAUAAACUGGAAAGUCAUGACUUCUCCAUCGAUGAUGGCGCACUUCCCAACCCGAUGUCCAUCACGCAUGAGCCACGACCAUCGACAUCUGACACCUGCAGACGGAAAUAAAGCUAUGCAGUUUUGUGUACGAAUGCUAUCACCGAAAUAGUACUAUGAACUUUAAAGUAUUCUGGUUUGGUUUCCCUUUGUUAUGAAUGGUUGAUGCCGUUAGCUCUUUACAAAAAGAAAUGUGAGCAUUUUGUUCCAAGUAUUGUUAUUGGUUCAUUGCGUAAAAUGGUGCUAGAUAAAAUCAUUUUUUGAAAUUCAUAAACCCAUCAAAAGUAAUGGUUAAAAGUAAUAACAAGCAAAACGUUAACCUCAAGCUUCUAUACAUUUAGCUUCUACCUACAUUGAUCUCCCAAGGAUCAUGUUGUAAAAGCUGUAAGAGCAUUUUGAGAACAGAACAGAAAUGUUUGGCAGAAAAACUGACCAAAGUGUAAAGUAAAGGAAGGUAGAUAAGAUUUGUACCACCGAGUAAUUGCUAGAAAUAAUCAUUUUGUAAAUUCAUAAACCAAAAGUAUUCAUAAUUGAAACUGAUUACCAAAACGGCAACGUUAUAACACACGGCUAAAAUGUAUGGAUAUAAAAGCACCCCGAGAACAUAGCAAAAUGUCAGGCAGAAAAACUAACUAGGAGAUAAAUUAUUAUUAUUUUUACAAUGUAAAGAAAGGUAGGAAAGGAUGUUAAUAAAUUUUGUAACAAAAAGUAACAAUGAA